GUGGCUGGCAGUAGACGUCCGACCAUAGCGCGGGUCGGACGCAUGACUUUAUGGGCGAAUUACAGUACCCCGGCGCGCCUGGCGUCGACGACGAGAGACAAUAUAGGGCUCCGUUCCGACGGGCACCGCAGUACAGAUGGCCGGCUCCGCAGCCCCCUCAGCCGUCGGCCUUCGCCCCGUGGCGCAGGGCGCCGGCCCCGCCGCGGCCGCCGGACUACCGACGUAGUGCUUCAUACCCUGGAAAGCCUGAUGAGCCGUAUCAAGAGAGAGGAGGACUCGACAACAUGCAAUCUUUAGAACAUUACUUAACUGACAUAAUGAGAGCAGACACAUCGGAUCACAUGAAAGGCAAGUCGCCCUUCUUCCCAGGCGUGGAGGAGGCGACAGUGGCAGCGGGAGCCGCGGGCGCCGGCUCGCCGUCUGUGCCCUCCGACCAGGCGCAGGAUGUCGUGUCCAGGCUGAGUGCGGCUGGUCUAUCGAUGUGCGUGAGCGCGCUCGGCUCGCCAGCGCGCUCGUCGCCGGUGUCUGCCGGCUCCGAGCACGGCGAGCGCUUCAGUAGGAAAGUGUUCGUCGGCGGCCUUCCACCUGACAUCGACGAGGACGAGAUAACGUCUUCCUUCCGGCGGUUCGGGCCGCUGGUGGUGGACUGGCCACACAAGGCCGAGAGCAAGAGCUACUUCCCGCCCAAGGGUUACGCGUUUCUACUAUUCCAGGACGAAAGCUCAGUAGCGGCUCUAAUGGAAGCGUGCAUCACGGACGAAGACAAGCUUUACCUCUGCGUGUCCUCGCCCACCAUCCGCGACAAGCCCGUGCAGAUCAGACCGUGGCGAUUGGCUGAUGCGGACUUCGUGUUGGACGCUAGCAUGCCAUUGGAUCCGCGCAAAACUGUGUUUGUUGGGGGUGUUCCACGUCCGCUGAAAGCUGUGGAGCUGGCCAUGAUCAUGGACCGGCUGUACGGCGGCGUCUGCUACGCCGGCAUCGACACCGACCCGGAGCUGAAGUACCCCAAGGGGGCGGGUCGGGUGGCCUUCUCCAACCAGCAGUCAUACAUCGCGGCCAUCUCCGCGCGCUUCGUGCAGCUCCAACACGGCGACAUCGACAAGCGGGUCGAGGUGAAGCCGUACGUGCUGGACGACCAGAUGUGCGACGAGUGCGCGGGCGCGCGCUGCGGCUCCAAGUUCGCGCCCUUCUUCUGCGCCAACGUCACCUGUCUGCAGUACUACUGCGAGCACUGCUGGGCGACGAUCCACUCGCGGCCCGGGCGCGAGUUCCACAAGCCGCUCGUGAAGGAGGGCGCCGACCGCCCGCGCGCCGUGCCCUUCCGCUGGUGUUAGUGUUGCCCGCUUCCGCUCCGGUAGGAAAUGGUAGCUUUUGUUGGUGAGCGCGUCCAUUGAGAAAACUGUGGACUGCGUCACAGAGGAAAUUUUAAUCUAAUUUGUAAGUUUUUUUAUUAAGCUAAUUUUUAAAAUAGAUGAAAAGAUUUCGUCACAGAAGUAAAGAUUUAAAGGUUUUGUUGUGCGUGUCGCGCAUGGUUUUUAACUUAAUUUUGAAAAGAAUUGGAAUCGAGCGCGAAUUAUUUUUUGUUUGUUUUAUCUGUUACAAGUUGCUUGUAAUAAAAUAGUCUGAACUAAAUCGUUUAGAUUCACUUCGUUUUUAAUUACGUGUUCCUAUCAUGUAAACAAUCUUCACAGUACCUACUUAUUGUUAAAAUUAAAUCAAUAAAUGCGUUCUAAAAUUUUACAUCAAAUAUUAAAGACAUACGUCGACGCACACGGCUAGUGUAUCUACACCUAUAUGAUAUGGUUUAAAUUAUAAAAUAUUAAAUUUGGUAAACAUUAUUAGCCUUCGUUUCCUCUCGUGUAUUUUUCAUACGCUCUUGUAUGAGCAAAACAAAAGAUGUGACCUAGUCUACAAUUUUCUCUGUGUACGUUAAUAAUGGUAAGCCUACAUAUUCGUGAAGUUCCAAAUGUAUGUGACUGACAAGACUUUUGUGCUAGGACCACAGCAUAAAUCUCUACGUUAUACUGAAUCCCGCACUGCUACGUUUUGUUGCAAAGCACGUAUAUUUCUAACUCUUUCAUUUGAUGCUAAAUCUUGCAAUACGAGAAUUUUGGCUACAAAAAUCAGAAAGUUUAUAGCAUUGCGAGUUUUAGUAAAACCUAUUGAACAAAUUAUUGCUUUCUCAUCGGUUCCUAUGUACGCGAAAGUUCGUGGUAUGCAUAACUCCGCGAAGUUAUUCACAUAUACAUUCGCGAAGAUGUGGGCUCACCAUAAUAUACUGUUUUACUGUAGUGUGAAAUAAUGUAUUUUAUGUUGAUUACCUACGUGAUUUCUAUCUUUUAGUCAAGUGAUCAUCAACAGAUCGUCUGUCAUUCUAUGUGAAUUGUUUUUGGCAUAAAAUUAUCCGAUUUCACUUGUUAUGAGGCCUCUAAACGAUCAGUUAUAUGAUACGAUAAUGAUAUACAACUUGAUGAUACAUAAAAAAUAUCUGGCCUGGUGAAAUUUGCUGCUAUCGAAUUUUUGACAAAACGAAACUUUACAUAAUACGUAAUAUAAUUGACCGUUUACAGGCCGCCUAAAAUAACCUCCUUCGGAAUGUCUAUUCUGAUAUCAUCUAUCCGAUUUAUGUAUCUCUAAUUUAUGUCAACAAAAGCAAAAUAACUGUUUUUCACGUGCCACCCACAAAUAUCGGGAAUUUUUUCAUGGUAUGAUAAUAAUUUUAAUAUCGUUUCAUCGUCUUUUUGAACAUCACAAAAGUAAAUGAUAACAAAAAACUACCACUUCCUACUGUUUCAACCAGAAUCGUAUUUUAUAUGGUAGUUUCCUAUCCUACCCACACUGCUUGUACUAACAUCAAAGUAUCACAAAAUACGGUUCUUCGAGCCCUUACCAGAUCAGGAAACACACGUCAGGAACUGUGCUGACUAAAAAUCUACUCCGGAUGUUCAGAAUUAGGUACUGAUAAAACUAGCCGGAUUAGGUUUUUCUUCUAAUUGGUGGCAAUUAGCCUGGCAACACUGUGUUUUUAUUUCACAAAAACGCAAUGUUGUCGUCGACUUACGGAUACGACAUUUUCAGAUUUGAACGCCAAUUCUAUGGCUAUAGAGAAAAAAAUAACAAUUUAAUAAGCAACAUUAUCCAAUGUUUAAUAUUAAGCAGAAUAUUAUAGAAUUCAAGUACAAGGCAUUCGUUUGUAUCGUCGCUGCCUCGAUGACUGCUGUCUACUUAGUAUUGCCAGUAUAUGAAACUGUGCCACUUUGGUAGUUUCCGCGUUUGUCGGGGAGGCAAUGCUGCAAACUAUAGAUUUCGAUUUAAGCAAAAAUAUGUAUCCAAAAAACUUAGCUAGUUGUCCGUUCAAAAAUAAGCUCCAUCUUGAAAAGUGUUGCGAUUUCACCACCGCUGCGAUUAGUCGCAAUCGCGUACGCUCAUUUAACGUAAGAUAUUAUUGUAAGGCAUAAAGUGUCUGAUUUCUCGAUAUAUAUAUAUAUAAUUUUAAAAAUGAAACAUAAUUGUACCUGUGUAGCUAGAAUGAAUUUCCUAAGGAUUCCUCGAUUUAUCUGAUUGGAUACUGUUGCGAAUGAUUGUCUGCUCGUCCCAUUCGUUUGCUAGCGAUGUCGUGUCGGUCUUGGUUUUUUGAAACCUGAUUGUGUUCAAUUCUUUUUGUAGGAUUUGGCUUUCUGACUGUAAAUGUCACGGAUUUUGGACUGACUUGUUUCAACACGUGUGUUUAAUAAAUACAUCUGCGUUUCAAGCUAUUUGUUUCAAAUAGCAUAGCGUCCAAUUAGCUAUUAAACUAACUAUACCUAUUUUUAUUAUUGCGCGACUUCUUCUAUUUAUUUUAAGAUCUUAACGCAAGUCUAGUCUUAAAAUCCUUUAACUUUUACCUUUUUUCGUUUUCUGGGAGGCGGUAGGGACUCGUUUAGUACAAACAUGUUACCGAUUCGGCUGUACGUCCGUUUAUCGGGCUUAUUGCAGUCUGUGAAACGAGAUAAAUGUUGCUUUUAAUGAAUACUAAAUUGCAUAGUACUCAUGGCUAAAUGAUCGAUAAGCCAGAUGUUUUCUCGUCUAUGGACUGUAUUAACCUAUUAUACAGUCCUGCAAAAGAGUAUCAAAAUUGGCGUAUUACGUCACUCGAAUAUGUAUCUAGAUACUCCAGGACUGUACAAUAGUGAUUUAGCAUUAAAAUGUUAUGUAUAAAUGAUAUUUUUUUCGAUCCGCCGGGAUAGUGCAAUAGAUGGUAGGAUAGUGUUUAUAAAAAUAUUAAUAUAACCAAUUUCCUAGGUGUAUAUAUAUCUAUAUAAUGUAUGUAAUGCGGUAUUGCUUGCAUUUCGAUAGCACUUUUUGAACUCAAAAAUAUUAAACCUUAAAUGAACUAAAUAAUAUCUAGAAAAUUCCAAAGAUACCUACUUAGAAAGGUGCUAUUGGAAUGUCAGUUCGUUGUUAAAACUGAUUUCGGAUGUACUUAAAUAUUUGUUACAUUAAUCUUGGAACAAAGGCUUAUGCCUUUCUAAAUAUGAGUAUUUUAUCGACAUUUAGGCUUGGAUCACUAUCAUGUCCAGCCUUUUAAAUACCUUUAGUUUUCAAAUUGUUACUUAUUUAGAACUAGGUUUGCCUGUUUCAAAGAUGAAUAACAAAUUAAAUCGGUAAAGACACCGUAUCCCGAUCGACCACGGACGUUUUAUAGACUGUAGUAAAAAGACUUGCGCGAAUUUUUUGAUGGUUUUUUCAUGAUUUUGAUGCGGUUUUUUCGUGUUGUGUAUCUUUUUCAGAAUUAGAUGUGAGGCUUGAUAGUGCCUUGGUAUGCGAUGUCGUAUGGCGUACCCCUCCCUAAUGUGUGAAAGGAAUUAGUUCAUCAUGCGAGUUCAAAUCUGCUGUUAUUAGAUAAUCGCGAAUAUCAACGGUCAAUUUUGGUAUCCACGCUGAUGUAGUUCUAUCUCUUUGACAAAUUGCUAAAAGGAGAUAGAAUCACAUUCGAAUAAGCGUAGGAAUUCACGCUACAGCAAACUUGAGCGCGUGUGAUUCCGUCAAACAUUGAUUUUCAACAAGAUCGUUUCGACUUGACACUUUUCAAACUAUACACCUUCAAGUUUGGGCAUGCGUUCACCUUAAAAUUUAAUAUAAAUGGAGUUAAAGGUGCGUUUGGCUUGGUCCAAGCAAAUUUUGUCUGUAGGCUUUAGCGAAAUUAAAAUUGUUCAUUAGCCAUAUCUUGGCCUGAGCAAAACGGACCGCCAUUUAAAUUUUUCUAAACGUUAAGUAGGUACAAUUUGUAAUAUUACUAAAUAGAGAGCAUUUUAGUGAAAAUUGUUUGCCAUAAUGCGAACGCUGCGAUGACUUUCCCGUCGUCUUGUUUACUUAUAUAAAAAUUCACAAAAUCAACUAAUUCAAUUAUAUGUAGACAAAAAUAUUUGCAAGAAUUAUAUUUUCCUAGUAAUUAGAAUAUUUAUUUGGCGACGAGGAAAAUCACGUAGUUUUCGCGACAGAGUGGUCACUCAUGACGUUAAAACUCUAGUUAUAGAAAUAUAUUUAGUAGUUUCAGUAAUAGCGAAUAAACGAUCGCAGAGUCGUUUUCUCUUUAUAAAUUAAAAAUUAGAAUAUUAGGAGAUAUUUUUGAACACGCCUUAAGUACGCCCCAGACUCAAUCUCAUCUCACUUAGCUUGGCACCUCGAUUUUAACCGCUCUGUCGGUCCCACUUCGUUUUCUACUGCAUUUUAAAACUUCCACUUUGGUAGAUAUUAUUAGUUACGUGGCAACACUUGGUAAAAAAUUGUUUGUAUGAUCUAUUUUGUCUCUGAAUUGAAGUGAAAUCAUCUGCUUUUUUAUUUUAUUUUUAAACUAUUUUCGUGCAUUUGAUGUAAAGUUUAUUUUGGAUGAAAUUGCUCAAUAUAUUUGGUGAAAUUGUUUGGUGCCCCCUAAUCCUCCUAGUUGAAAUAAUGAAGAGGCGGGACGCGUGAGUGUGAUGUGUGGUCGCCCUGUCCCAUUUUGUAUUUUUGUAUUUUUAUAAAAAACGACAAUUGUGAAUUCGGACGUGUUUUUUACUUUGCGCGCAACGUUAGUAGCUGUUGAACGCUUGGGUGAUUUGAUUUUUUUUAUAAUGUAACGGUCUUUAUGACUCGACGGAUCUUCAAGUGGUGUCUAUCAUCGGGGACUUUCAGUUAUGGGACAUUAUUAUUCGAAAAAUUGAAAAUUGCUCUGGAAACUUAUGGUAACGGACUGAGUGAGGGUCCCAUCUUGAAGAUCUGUAUAACCCAGCGAUUAAAAACUUAAUUGGUGUUAGAUUAUUAUAAACCGAGGUGUGUUUGGGAUAUGUGGUCUCUGCGUUAAGCUUUCUUGUAGCGCCCAGAAGCUGUAGUAAUGAUGUAUGUUAACAACGACUGCAAUGUUUCUUCACGUAAGACCCGCGUUUCCCCUGAUACUGCGGGAGUUUUGUCGUGGAGAAGGCAGUUCGUUUGAACCGCUGGUUCGCAAGGAUUGUGUGUAAUCUAGUUGAAUUGAAACACGGGAGAAGAUUAACUUUCUCCAUUAUAUUGUAGCCCCCGAUCAAGGAUUAGUACGGUCAUAAUAUUUACCAUCUAAGCGGCCAUUUGUGUGGUUUUAUCGCGGAAUAGUAGGUGGCGCUAAUGUCAGCGUAAGCAUUUGCUAGGCUUUAUGAUUCUACCAUGACCAGGCAGGCAUUUUAUAAUUUGGAUUUGUGUAAUAUUCGGGGGUGUUUUAAUUAAUUUUAUAACGUUUAUUAAUUAUUAUGUCUUGAUUUCCCGUCCCGCAGUAUUUUGACAUGUUUUAGUUUUUAGACGAAGUUUGCGUUUGGGGUAUAUUAUGGUUUUUUAAGUUCGGAAGUUUCGAUUCUGCGGGUCGGUUUGUUUUCUCUUUUGUUUUGUUGAGCGGUUAAUACACGGUGGAACUGAAUUGGCAACAUCAAUUGAAGCAAUUGUCGCAAUGUUUUUGAAAUUGUAUGAUAUCUCCAUAGUUGUUUUGAGGCGGCCCCAUCGUGUACUGGCCGCUUUAGUUUGUAGGCUGUUUUUGCUUCCUCGUUUACGCCGCUUUGCGGGUCUGUUCUUGUUGUAUUUGUUGUCGCCGAAUCGCGAUCGAAUGUGUGACUAGAUUGAAUUCUUUUAAUUUUAGAUGUAAUUUCGUGGUUCAUAUCACUUGCUGCGACGCACCGCGGGGGGCAUUGUCAUUCUUUAAUAUUAUUAAUAUAUGAAGUAUUUAAUAGCAUGUGUACAUUGUUUUGACGUGAAAUUUGUACUUGAUAUUGUAGCUAACUUGACGACUUGUUGUUGUUAUUGACGAUCGAUGUUCAACCCCUCGUUGUUUCAGAGUGACUUUUUUUCGCACUUUUUCACUUGCAUGUAAAUAGGUUCAAGCGUUGAACUUUUCUUAGUAAAAAUAAAAAAUUAAAAAAUCCGCAAAAAAAAGGUUUUUUACGAUUUACGGCGGCGGACCGUGUUAGAAAAAUUUUGGUCUCGGCGUCCGCUUACGGGCGCUCUGUAAAUUGUGCUAGGGUCUCUAGUGAAAUUACAUAAUUUUUAAAAGAAUAGCGAAUGGUAGUGCAAUUCAUUAAAUACAUUACCUAGUUGUGUAUGAUAUAUAAUGAAAAAAUAGUACCUAAUUAUCUUGGAAGUUGCUAGACAAUAUUGUUUUGAGAUUUUCCUGCACCGUCGUCGGUUCUUCACGUUUCAUUAUUUCAUGUUAAUACUCGUGUAUUCGACUAGGUGCAUUGAAAUUAUUUUUUUAAUAGACUUUAUAAACCAACUCCACGGUAUCUAUAUAUAAAUUGCUCUGAAUUCUUUUUCUAUCUGGGAGUCGGUUUCGAUAUAAUUUAAAUUGAUUUGAAAUAAGAUUUAUAUAUUUUUAUAGACAGUUAUUUCAGUGACUUGUUAAAUAGAAUCCAUUUCGUUAAAAAUUAUUUGCUACAAUCAAUUUGUGUGUUACAUUCGGUUCGGUGGGUACAGACAUGGAUACACAAUAUUUUUUAAUGAAUGCGUUGUUUUUUCGAAGCGAUUGUCUAUCCAUGUCUAGACGGACCACACAUUCGACUUUUUUUUAAACUAGUGACAGCUUUAGUGAGAGAUAAUUAAGAUUAAUUUAAGCCUUGUUUUUAGAAUAAGCACACGGUAUUAAACACUAUAGUUUGUAAAUCGUAAACCGAACCGAAUGCAAUUUUUUUACUGAGAAAUUUCAAUGUUUUUUAUGUAAUUCCAGGAAUAUAAGUUUCUAUGCUUUUGUAUGUAGUCGGAUUGUUCAUGCAGUUAGACUAUUGUGGAGAAAUUAAAAUGAAUUUGAAAUCUUUUUCCUGUGUUUCAUCUUGUAGUUUGUGUGGGAUUAGUGCAAUCGGUUUUUGUUUUUUUUUAAAGGUUUCAUAUCACACGGUCGGGAUAUUUAGCAUAAUAAUAUGCUAUGAUCACGAAGCAUACCGAACAUAGCAGUAUUUUCUGUUAAUCUUGUUUACAAAAGUAAAUUGCGGUGGACAUUUAGCUUUAUCAUCUCGUCUGUGUCUUAGACAUAGCAAGCGAUACAAUUCAUACACCUCCUAUACCUGCGUCCUCUUGAUGUCAUGUCAAUAAAACAAGUCGACCGUGUGUGUGAGCCCUAGCAUCACGCUUUACCACAUUAUAUUCAGUGCAUCUCCAAUUUGACCAAAGAUUCGUCCAAAAGACUACACCAAAAAGACAGGGCGAUCGCCCAGUGAUUUCUUAAUAAUUUUAUUUCUGGAGAUGGCUCAGUCGCGGAUAUAACUUACCUAACUUAAAAAAAUGAACAUCUAUGUUACCUUAACAAUUUAUUUUUCCCUACGUCCACUAAAAUCCAUCUUGAAGAUCCAUCGAUGGAUCUAUUUCCAAUUUUAUGUCCACUUUAAUCCAAAAUGGCCAGAUUAUCAAGGCUUAACAUGUAAGUUAAUAUUCAUAUCCGCGCUCAUCUACGCCUUUUUUGUAAUAAUCAUCCGCUUUUUACAAUGGAUUUUUAAAAGUUAUUCUUAUUUAUUUAUAUUUUUUACAGUUUUUUUUUGUAUAACUUUUUUAUUUAACUAGUUGUUCACUGUAGUUAGUUGUUUAAAUUUUUAUUAUUAGUGUCUAAUCAGUUUUCAGUAUUUUCAGGUUUCCUUUAAGUAAUUUUAUACUGCAAUAGAUUAAGCUUUGCCAAUAAAUGGAAAUAAAAUUGCACAUUGGCCAUAAAAGUUAAAUUUAAGAUUAUCUAUGUACUAUGUAACAUUCGGAUGAAAAUAAUAACAAUGUAAAAAAAUGUUUUGUCGGUAAAAUAAAAAUUGCGACGUAGAUUCAGAAAUUUCUAAAUCAGAGCUUUACUGGUUAAGAUGUACACUAUUUUUUAUUUUAGCUGUUUUCUUUUUUUUUUUCCUUUUAAAUUGACGUUGACACCGUAAAGUUUUUAUAUAUUUAUAUUUAUGUAAAAACUUGUAGACGUAACUAUGUAGUUUGAAUUUACCUGUUUUACAUUUAUUUUUUAUUGAGAGUGAAUUAUAUUUUUUGUUGUUUGAAAUAAUAGUAUUAAUUAUUAUAGCGCUAUGUGUCACCUGCAAGGGAAUACUGAAUAAACGUUGGCUCAGGUCGAUCACAAGCGAGCGACGGAUUGACUUGACCACUUUUAGCCGUAGUUAGGAUCUACUAGUUGUCCGACUGUGGUCGCCCUUAGUCACAAUUUGCCAACGUAAAAUUCAAUAAAAAUUGCAAUUUUGUAGAAAAUUCAAUUUACUAUGUGAUUAUACAUACAAUACCUAUUUCGUUGUAAUCGAGACCGACGAACAUCUCCGAAUAUUGGUAUUCUGUGUAUAAACACUAACCCUGCAGGUCUGUAGGUAUUGUUUAAAACUGAAAUACUUGAAUUUUUAUAUGAAUUUUAUUAUUAUAAUAUGGUAUUUUACUAAAUAUUAGUCCAAUAUUAAAAUCUUUAA